AUGGGCCCUUCUUUGUUCCUUUUUCUUGGGUUGAAUUUGAAGAUGAUUGACAAAGUCGACUUGAUUUUUCACUACGGGGGUACAUGGGUAAUUUCUCCUGAGCUAUUAUAUAAUCAGAAUUCGGUGAAUGUUUUGUCUGGGUAUGAAGCCAAUAAUGUUAGAUUUGCUGAUGUUUGCGAAGAGUUCACAAAGAAUUUAGGGUUCACUAAAGUAAAUCAACUUUUAGUAACUGGACCUUCUGGAAGGUAUUAUUUGGUGACAGACGAUGACGGUAUGAGAACUUUGCAGUACUUAUUCAGUAAGAAGUUUAGAGUGAUAAAUUUCUUUGCUGUAAAUUCUUCUGAUUUGAGUAUUUUUGCUCAAAACAUCACAUAUCAUACUGAGACAUAUACUGUGGAUGUUGAUGUAGUUUCUGACCAAGAAAGUAGUUCUAGUGAAUUUGACGAAUCAGAUUCUAAUGAUUAUAAUGAGGAAGAACUUGAGGUCUUUAGCCAAGAAAAAAGAAGGGGUGUGACUGAUACUUUGGAGAAUUAUAAAGUUUUAGAGAAAGGGCAAACAUUUAAGGAUAUCCCGGAAGCUAGAAGGGUAAUAAGCUUCUAUGCAAUGGCCAAUCGUUAUGGACUAAGGGUGAAGAAAACCGAUACAACUAGGGCCGGGUAUAAAUGUGUUGAAGGCUGCCCCUUCACAGUUUUAGUAUCAAAGGAUAAGAAAAGUAGUACUUGUUCCAUCAAAACAUUGAAUUCAGUACAUACAUGUGAUUCUACUUAUAAAAAUCCGAGGGCUAAUGCUAACACACUAGCACAUUUAUUCAAGAGAAAAGUUCAGUAUAAUCCUCAAUUUAAGGUAAAAGACAUGUGUGAAGAGUUAGAGACUAUUUUUAACAUGAAUGUGUCUACAUCUAAGGUUAAAAGGGCUAAGAGGCUGGCUCUUGAAAAACUAGAAGGGAGUUUUCUUGAUGACUAUAAUAAACUUGAAGCAUAUGGACAAGAACUUAGAACUUCUAAUCCGGGAAGUGAUGUUGUUAUCAAUAUAUCAAAAGAAGCUCUUUUACAAGGAAAGAGGAAGUUCUUAAGGAUGUACAUUUGUUUCAAAGCAUUGAAGGAUGGAUGGAAAAGUGGUUUGAGACCACUUAUUGGGCUGGAUGGUACUUUUUUGAAGGGAAGAUAUAAGGGGCAACUAUUAGUUGCUACGGGUCAAGAUUGUAUGAACCAUUUUUAUCCUAUUGCAUGGGCAGUGGUGGAUAAGGAGACAGGCAGGACAUGGGAAUGGUUUUUGGAGCUUUUGAAGUGUUCUUUGAAUCUUAAAGAUGGACAUGGAGUGACAUUCAUCUCAGAUAUGCAAAAGGGGUUAAUUGAUGCUAAGAAGAGUGUGUUUCCUGAAGCUAAGUACAGAUAUUGUGUAAGGCAUAUUGAGGCUAAUUGGUGUAAAAGGUGGAGGAGUGGACAAGCCAAGAAACUUAUGUGGUGGUGUGCAUGGGCCACAUAUGUUGAAGACUUUGAAGAUCAAUUGAGAAAAUUAGGAGACAUAGAUGAAGAAGCUGCCAAAGACCUGUUGAAAUAUAAACCUCAAACUUGGUGUCGGGCAUACUUUGAUACUCAAUGUAAAAAUAUCAUGGUUGACAAUAAUUUCACUGAGUCAUUUAAUGCAUGGAUUCUGGAAGCAAGGCAUAUGCCUAUCAUCAAAAUGUUGGAAGAAAUAAGGCUGAAGGUUAUGAGAAGGUUGGUUUCUAAUGAAGCAAAAGUUAGGAGUUGGAAGGGAAAUUUCAGUCCACCGUGCAUGAAGCUAUACAAUGUUUAUAGGGCAAUUGCUCAUGGAUGCAAGGUUGAGUUUAAUGGUGACUUUGGUUACGAAGUCACAAAAGGUGAUGAUAGACAUACAAUUAAUUUGAAGGAUAAAAGAUGCACAUGUAGGGCUUGGGACUUAUCGGGAAUACCAUGCCCCCAUGCUAUCAAGGCCAUGUUGUAUGAUAAGGUUGAACCAGGAACACAAAUACACUGGUAUUACUGUAAGGAGGCUUAUUUGCUAACUUACAAGAACAAAAUACAACCUGUUAGGGGAGUUAAAUUUUGGAAAGUCGAUCCAGCCCAAGCCAUGGAACCACCAGAAGCUGUGAAGACUGUAGGCAGGCCCAAACUUAAAAGAGAUAGAGUACCAGAUGAAGCAGGGAAAAGAAAGGGAGAGUGGAGUCAAUCCAGGAAGGGAUCAACCAUGCAUUGUAAAAAAUGUGGUGAACCUAACCAUAAUUCAAGGGGUUGUUAUAAUGACAAUACUCAAGGAGCUAGCUCUAGUUCAAAAAAUUGUAAAAAGAAAUGUAGUAAUACAACCUCAACUCCAAUGGUACAUCAUUCAGGUGACACAAAUGAUGAAGCAGAAAUAGAGUUUCAAACUGAAGUGGGGACACAACAAUCAGUUUAUUCAACCACACAACCUUAUGGUCCUGAAGUCUGUACUGAAGAAUACCCAUCACUUAGACCAAUGAAUAAACCUAAGCCAGCAAUUGGAUCAAGGAGAAUUGGAUUUACUGGAGAUGCUAGUGGAGUGUCAUUACCGAUAAAUUUGCCUUAUUCACCAACUAAAACUAUUUGGAAAGGUAAGGCAGCAACUACACUUCAUCAGCUACAAAAUGAAGGAAAGAAAAAGAGAUUGAAGAUGAUGGCUAGAAAGGGACAAGGAAUUCCAGAUAAUAUUGAUGACAAUGAUGUUAACUUUUAA